AUGGAACUAAAUUCGUUUCUUGCAAUUGUUUUACUCAUCAUAUCACCAUUAUUGUUGUUGUGGUUUUUUAUACAUGACAAGUACCAUACUAGCCAAAAUCAAUCCCCGCCAGGACCACCAAGGUUUCCAAUAAUUGGUAACCUGCACCAACUUAACUUUUCAAAUCUCCAUGGCCAUCUCUACCAACUUUCCCACAAAUAUGGUCCCAUCAUGUCUCUUCGACUAGGCUCCUUAACAGCCAUAGUCAUUUCUUCCGCCGACAUAGCAAAAGAAGCUCUCAGCACCCACGACCGUGAACUGGCAGGCCGGCCUAGAUUUUACGGCCAAAUGAAAGUAUCCUAUGAUGGAUUAGACACGACGUUCGCUCAAUAUGGAGAAUACUGGAGGGAAAUCAGGAAGAUCAACGUCCUCCAUAUGUUGAGCCUCAAGCGAGUUCAUUUCUUUCGUCCGGUUCGAUACGACGAAGUCUCUCGCACCAUCAACAUCAUCUCCCAGCUCGCGUCUCAAUCCAAGCCGAUCAAUCUGAGUGAGGUAACCAUAUAUCUUGUCAACUCCAUCAUUUGCAGGAUUGCUUUUGGAAAGAGGUUCGACGAUGACUAUAGAGGGGAUAAGACCAAGAGUAAGUUCCAAGAUCUCUUGCAUGAAAUUCAGGAAGUGCAAGGAUCAUUAUAUAUGUGCGAUUAUUUUCCAUACUUGGGUUGGGUUGAUAAGCUUGUGGGAAGAACGAAAUGGGUGGACAGGGUUUGUACAGAUCUAGAUUUGUUUCUGCAAGAAAUCAUUGAUGAUCAUCUUGUGGGAAAAAAGAAAGGAGUUCAUGAUUAUGAACAUCAAGAGUGCAUCAUAGAUGUCUUGUUCCAACUUCAGGAGGACCGCUCACUUCAAGUGCACCUCACAAUGGAUCAUAUUAAAUGUCAGCUACUGGAUAUUUUUGUGGCUGGAACAGACCCAAGUUCAGUUACUUUGGUAUGGGCAAUGAUUGAAUUGAUAAAGAACCCUAAAUCCAUGAAUAAAGUUCAAGAAGAAGUAAGAUCAAUCAAGCAUGAGAAUCAAGGAUAUUGUUACAUCCUUGAAGAUGAUCUUGAUAAACUAAUUUAUCUAAAAGCUGUAGUGAAAGAGACAUUAAGAUUGCAUCCCCCAGCACCGCUUGGAGUCCCUCAUCUGGCAACUCAAACGUGCAAUAUAAAGGGAUACAAGAUUCUGAAAGGAAAUAUUGUCUACAUGAACUUGUUGGCGAUUGGAAGAGAUCCUGAAUACUGGGAAAACCCUGAAGAGUUUUGGCCAGAGAGAUUUCUUGAGAGUGCAAAGAACAUUGAUUUUAGAGGUCAAGACUUCGGAUUUAUCCCUUUUGGUGCGGGAAGGAGAGGAUGCCCUGGAUUGAACCUAGGAGUUAUAAUUGUGGAGCUUGCACUGGCUAAUCUACUUUACCAAUUUAAAUGGGAGCUUCCUCAUGGGAUGAAAAAUGAAGAUAUUGAUUCAGAACUUAGACCAGGUAUUACUAUGCAUAAGAAAAAUGACCUAAUUCUUAUGGCUAAGCCUUAUUAAU